GGUGUAGGGGCUUUAUGGUUUACUGUGUUUCAUAUACGUGAACGAGAAGCGUGUGCUCUUUCCUAUUCGUCAAUUGGUAUUCCUCUAGUUUUGUCUUGACGCAAGUACGUUUUUAUAUGUUGCACUGUACAAUUGGUAGAGAAGAUGGACUGAUUGAAUUCGUGGAGUAGUGUGCCACAUUGCUCCUGUUUUGACCCAAAGGAGACUGCAGUAUGGGGCUCACAAAACAGUAUUUACGGUACUGUGCCACUGCACUUUUUGGAGUGAUUGCCAGCCAGAAAGCUAAUAUUGUGUUUGUGACUCUAAGAGGAGACAAAGGCCGCUAUGUGGCUGUUGCUGCCUGUGAACAUGUAAUCAUCUGGGACAUUCGCAAAGGAGAAAAGGUUCUAAUUCUUAAAGGUCUGAAGCAGGAAGUGACAUGUCUUUGCCCAUCUCCUAAUGGUUAUCAUCUGGCUGUUGGCUAUGAGGAUGGAUCCAUUCGAAUAUUUACUUUGCUCAAUGGGGAAAGCAACAUUACCUUCAAUGGGCACAAAGCUGCUGUAACUGUAAUGCACUAUGACAAGCUUGGGGCCCGACUGGCUUCAGGUUCAAAGGUAAAAGUUAAAGAUGAUGAUUUUGGUUGUUUUAAUUGUGAAAUGAGCUUUAGUAAAAUACUUCAGACUGAUUGGAAGGAGAGCUCAUGA